AUGUCUUCUUUCACUCAGUCAACUGUUUCUCCCAUCAUGGCGUCAGAGCAGCUUGUCAAGAAGAUGUUGGGCGCAGAUGUAACCUUUGGCCCUGGUCUGGAGGUUCAGGAUAUCGUCAUUCCUCCCACCACUCUCUCCGGGAGCAUCCCCUAUCUCGCCAGCUUCCACGAACACACAUACUCCUCUGUGAUGCUGGCCAACAUUGUCAGACUCCACUGGCGCAACCCCACUGCAACGGCCAUGCUCACGUAUAGUGACGCCUCCAAGUGCCGCGAGGUUGUCCGCCGCUUCAACGACGGAGAAGCUGGAGUCUGCGGGAAUUAUGUUCAGGCGACGUUCCUUACCGGCCAGCGCGGUCCACAGCUUCAGCUCACCAGACUUCCUCUCAAGGCAACCAAGUCGGACAUCACCCAUGAUCUCCCAGCGUCGCUCUAUCCCAGCUGCACCUUCAUUUGGGGUUCCAACGCCAAGCUCGCGCCAGCAGCUCAGCUCCAAACCAUCAAGGACUUGUUCUCUACCCACGGCACCAUCAUCGUAGAGGACCGGAUCAGAGAUCACGGCGACGAAUCUUCCGUCAGACUUAUCUGCGACGAGGAAUCCGACGCGAGACGGAUAGUCAAAGAGCUCAACAACACGGUCCAGAAGUCUGCUGGUAUCAGUCAGUUGUUUGCAGACAUCUGCUUCAACCUGGAGUACUGCUUCCCAGCAAAGUGGCUAGAUCACAUGAAAAAGACAAGAAUCAUCCACCCCACCGACGGAUGGUCCGACACUAUCGACAGAGGGGUCGCAUCCAUCCGAUUCAUCUCCGCGAUCAAGGAAUCCAUCCUCUUCAGGAGAGAGCUUAUGGACUUGGUCAUGCGCGUAUACAUGGACUCUUACGGGGACAACUGGGAUUCCUACAACUUUGCGGAAGGACGGAUGAGAGACUGCACCGACCGCGAGUGUGCCAUUUGCUUCUGCCCUCCAGAGCAAACAGUACGGACCAGCUGCGCCCACAUCUACUGCGCUGGGUGCUACGAGCACACAGUCUCCUCAACCGCAAAGUCCUCAAGCGAGAACGGCAUCAAGUGCUUCGGCGACUCUGGCAAGUGCGGCAAGCCCAUCACACUCCCAGAGCUCGACUCCCACUUGGGCUACCAGGGCGUGGACAAGCUCAUCGAGCGUUCUCUGAGCUCCUACCUGCAAGCCAACACCGCCACCUACCACUGCUGUCCCACUCCGCAUUGCGAGCAACUCUACAAGGUCACUCCCAUGGCGGCAGACAACAAGGGCACCAUCCAGCGCUGCAUUGGCUGUCUUGAGAUCCUCUGCACAUCUUGCCACAUGCCACACGACGACGACGUCACGUGUGACAAGGCGGAGGACCACGUCAAUGCUGAGCUCUUCAAGGGUCUCAACAUCAAGCCGUGCCCCAAGUGCAAGACGCCUGUCGACCGCUACGAAGGGUGUAAUCACCUGGAGUGCAAGUGCGGUGCCCACGUCUGCUGGCACUGCAUGGCGGUGUUCGACAACUCUGGCGACUGCUACAAGCACAUGACGGAUGCCCACAAUAGCAUCUAUGCGGGGCAGGCUCUCUAUGAUGCCUAG